CCCCUCCCCAGAGCGGGACCCCGCUGCCCCGGGCUGCGCCGAGCGCGGCUCCCUCCCAGCCUCCGGAGCCCGACAACAAAGGAGCCCCGGGGCCAGGGGGAGCGGGGCCGUCCGGAUGCGGUGAGACCCCCGCCCGGGAGGAAGGGAGAGGACGGAGCAGCGCGGCGCGGCGCGGCUCGCCCUGCCGCCACCAUGGGCUGCUGCACCGGGCGCUGCACGCUCGUCUUCCUCUGCGCGCUGCAGCUGCUGGCAGCAUUAGAAAGGCAGAUCUUUGACUUUCUUGGUUUCCAGUGGGCUCCUAUUCUUGGAAAUUUUCUACAAAUAAUAGUCGUGAUAUUGGGUUUGUUUGGGACCAUACAAUUUAGACCUCGAUACAUAGUUGUGUACACUGUGUGGACUGCACUCUGGGUCACGUGGAAUGUUUUCAUUAUCUGCUUCUAUUUGGAAGUAGGCGGACUUUCCAAGGAAACUGAUCUUAUGACCUUUAACAUCUCAAUGCAUCGCUCUUGGUGGCGAGAACAUGGGCCCGGCUGCAUACGGAGGGUGGUACGUCCGUCAGCCCCUGGAAUCCUAGAUGAUUACUCCUACGUCUCUGUGACAGGCUGCAUAAUUGACUUCCAGUACCUAGAGGUCAUUCACAGUGCCAUCCAAAUAUUACUGUCCUUGAUUGGUUUUGUGUAUGCCUGUUACGUGAUCAGUGUUUUCAUGGAAGAAGAGGACAGCUUUGAUUUCAUAGGUGGACUUGAUUCAUACUCCUACCGACAAACCCACCAGGAGCUUGUUGAGUUAAAGCCCGUUAAGCCUGUCGAAAUAAGUAAUGAACAUUGAUUUGGUGCUGCUGCCGAAGAAACAGAUUUUAGAAGAAAAAAACAACUUUGUGAAUUGUUGUCAUGGAAGAGAUACACGCUUCUCACAGAGUAUGGAUUACUCUAACCGCCUCUGUGUGACUGAAUCCCUCAGUCAGCCUCAGUAUUCUUAUCAUUAUCAUCAUUAGAUGGAUCCUUGUAGAUGAUCUUGGAUUUUUUUUAAUUAUUUGCUUAUAUGAACACUUGUAAAUUGUAAAUUUUUCCUUUUUUAAUUUUGUUUUUUCUACAAUACCUAGUAUUAAGGCAUGAAAACAAAACAAUCUGUGGAAACUAUGAGAGGGUGUGUGUGUGUUUUCAAGCUCAGUCAGUAUUUUUUGACUGAAAAAAUUAUAUGUGCCUGGUAAAGUUUGUGUUAGUAAAUGGUAAUUUGACUUCAAAAUAUUUGUCAGGGAUCAGAUACCAGUAGUGUAAACUGGAUCAUUUUUAGCAAUGCAUCAGACAUUCACAAUGUCUACACAUCGUAUUGUUUGAGCUCCUGUAUGCAGUAGGAAUUGAUUAAUAAUUCUUCUUUUCCAGGUUUCCUAAUAAUGAUGUACUUGCAUAAAUAUUUUAAUUCAUAUAUGGCUCCUUCUCCCUUUUUAAUCUUUUGUCUUCUGCACCCACAAGCAAUAGUUGUCUGUGAACUGCAGGGAGGUAAAAUGGAUGUUCUCUGUGGAUGUCUUUCCUCAGGAACCCUUAUAUGUAGGGCUCUUGAAUUGUCUGUCAUUUUACAUUGGUCUUUACUCUUUUCCUUCUCCUCCCUGAAAGGAGCCUAGCAUGAAUGUACAGUAUAGGCACUAACUAUAGCCUUAGAAGGGUUAUUUUUGCUCUUAAUUUAAAAGUAAACAGAAAGGUGUGGAUGUGAAAAUGUGUAUAAAAUUUUGUAAAGUUAUCUGUAAAUACUUCUAGACAUGUAUGUAACUGUGGCAUUUUGUUUGUCUCCACCAGUAUAAAAGUGAUACAAAAAAGCUAUUUUCUUUGGGGAACUGGCAGUGUCUUCAAAAAGACCCUUUUAGUUGCUGUUUUUUCAAUACUAUUUAAAAUAUAGCCCAAGAGAGUAUGGUCCUUUCCUUCUCUGAAGAACAAGUACUGCAUAGGCAGCAGAACUGCAAGCUUCUCCACAAAGCCCUGCCAAUGUGCCUCAAGCUGCAUAGGGAACAGCUUUUAGGGAUCUAAAGAUCCCUGCAGAGAUUCCACCUCCCUGCAUAUCAAAUUGUGGCCUCUUUGGUGGGAUUGGCAGCAAUUGUGGGUGGCUCUUAGGACAUCCCUCCAUUGUGAAUUGAAGUGAAGCUACCAGGUUCUUUCAAGCAGUAUGCAGGUGGUAACAACUUUUUGUCCAUCGUUAAUGGAUCAAGGCAUCUGACCUUGCAACUGUCUUUGUCUGAAGCUUAUCUCAAUGGGUUUUUCAGGUAUUGACAAAGUUGAGCUAAACUAAGACUUGUUAUGGUUCUAUACCUUAGGAAUUAUGUAUGUGCUAUUUACUAUUAAGAGCCUGAACAGUUUGUUAAUGGAAGUGCUGUCGGGGUUAGGUAAAGGAAUAGUGAUACCUGCCACCUUUUCUCAAUCUACAGAAUCAACUCUACACUGUCUUGAAACUUAGAAUCAUAGAAAAUUAAGUUUGGAAGGGACCUAAGGAGGUCAUCUAGUCCAACCCCCUCCUGAAAGCAGGACCAUCCCCAACUAUAUCCUUCCAACCAAGGCUUUGUCUAGCCAGGCCUUAAAAACCUCCAAGAAUGGAGAUUCCACAACCUCUCUGGGUAACCUGUUCCAAUCUUUUACUACCCUCCUAGUGAGAAUGUUUUUUUUUUCCUUCUAUCUAACCAAAAUUUCCCUUGCUGCAACUUGAGAUCAUUGCUCCUUGUUCUGUCAUCUGCCAUCACUGAGAAUACUCUAACUCCAUCCUCUUUGUAACCACCCUUCAGGUAGAUGAAGGCUAUUAAAUUCCUCCUGUCUUCUCUUCUCCAAACUAAAUAAGCCCAGUUCCCUCUUAUGUCUUCUUCUCAUAGGACAUGUGCCCCAGCCCCCUAACCAUUUUGUUGCCCUCUGCCGGACUCUCUUCAAUGUGUCCACAUCUUUUCUGUAGUGGAGACCCAAAACUGGACACAGUACUUCAAAUGUGGCCCCACAGGUACCAAACAGAGAGUAAGACCCACUUCUGCCGAUCUGCUGGCAACACUCCUAAUAAUGCAGCCCAGUACACUGUUAGCCUUCUUCACAACAAGGACACACUGUUGGCUCAUAUUCAGCUUCCUGUCCACUGUAAUCCUCAGGUCCUUUUCUGCAGACCAGCUACUUAGCCAGUUGAUCCCCAGCCUGUGCUGGUGAAUGGGAUUGUUCUGUUCUAAGUGUAGAACUUUGCCAUUGUCCUUACUGAACCUCAUGAGAUUUCUUUUGGUCCAAUCCUUGAAUUUGUUGAGGUGUCUCUGAAUCCUAUCCUUACUCUCCAACGUAUCUACUACUCCCCACCACAGCUUGAUGUCAUCCACAAACGUGCUGAGGGUGCAGUCCGUCCCAUCUUCCAAAUUGUUAAUGAAGGUAAUGAACAAAAUUGCCCCAGGAUCAACCACUGGGGUACCCCACUUGAUACCGGCUUCAAGGUAGACAUCAAGCCAUUGAUUACUACUCUUUGAACACAACGAUCCAGACAGUUUUCAUGCAAAAUCAGCAACAAACCAGUAAAAAACCAGUAGUGUAAACCUAAUCCAUUUUCAGUAUUUCUAGGACUAGAACUAGUAUAGGACAGCUGGCAUCACUAGAAAUCUGGCUGUGCCAAAGAAAGAAGGGCUACCAAAUAUGAAAAGCAAUACCGAAGUGCUCCAUGUAUUUGUAUGCUCCCAUUUGUAUGUGCAUUCUGAGCUAUAACAAAGUAUUUGGUCUGCCCUGUCUUGAAGUCGUUAUCUUCCAGGCACUGAGGAGGUCAAAAAUGUGUAUUAUGUCAUAAAACAGUAUUACUUUUGACACUGCAGAAGGUCAAACUGUAAAGCAGUUAAGAUGGCUUAUGAGUUGAAAAGCACUCUUCUCUAUCUAUGUAAUAUUUUGCUGGUGCUUAGUGAAAACAGUUCUUAUACAUAUGGCCUCACAUAACCUCACAUAAGAACACAAUAUGUUCAAUUGUGCCUUCUCCUAUCUGACACUCCAGAAUGUUGCAUUCUGUGUCCUCUGAACCUGGAGAAGCCAGACAGAGCAUUUCAGGGUCCAGGAUUUUUCCAUUGUUUAAUUUAAAUGUAUUUAUGUGCUUGAAUACCCUACCUCCCUGCUCCACACUCAUAGCUGGAUGCAUGGGGAUAUUCAGCACAUAUUCCUGUAUUUACUGCAUUUCCAUUUUGGCUUUGCAUUUCAGAAUUAAUUCCCUGGCACUCCAGUGUGGCCUGGCAGAUUAAAGGUGUCCAAUUGAACCAGUGUGACAUGCCAUGGAUCGGGUAACAAACAAUGGGAAGGAACAACAGAUCCGUGUCAUUUACACAGCUCAUCCUCUAAAGAAACACAUUGUAUUACAUUCUGGCAGUGCCUGGGAAGCACAGAUCUAAUUUUCUGUAAACACAGACACAUCUGCUAGACCAUGUCUUGCAAAUUCAUCUCAAUGUGUCUGUUCCCCUGCCAUGUCAUGGAAUUUACAGAUUCUCAUCAUACUAAUAAAUACAUAUGUAUAUACCACACAGAGUCUGUAAGGCACUUAAAAUAUGUUGGCUAGAACAGUACUUGACAUAUUUUCCAAACAAAAUAUUGACUAUUUUUUUCCUGUGGAACACACAGUGGUAUUUUCUAUAGAUCUAUAAACUCUUUAAAAAAAGGCAUCCUAACUGACACAGCAAGACUGCCAUCUGUCUUACUUAAUGGUCAGGACAUUCCUCAUUGAAAGGGAUUUGUCUUCAUUAAAAUAAAUUCAAAUGCAUACUGCAUUACUGAGAAAACUGUUGUGUUUUUCUAAAUGGAACAUAAAUAAAUAAUAAUAUAGUAAUGAUCAGCCUAUACAUGUUGGAAAAAUAAUCUUAAAUAUAAUCAAUGGAAUGUUAGAUUGUUCAUCCUAGUACACUGAAAAUACAUUGAAAGUACAGUGAAAAUUCCCAUUUUUUAGGAAACACAGAGCAAUAAUGUCUAUACUUUUGCAAUAAAAACUUUAAACAAGGUUUUUGGUAGGUCUCAGAUUAGCCAGUGAAACAGGAAGUGACCAGAUUUGGCAGGUUUGCCAAGGUGAAUUUUUUCAUCCAGGUUCAGAAAAUUACUGGAUUUGCACUUCAACACAGAAUUUGAAAACAAUCCUAAAAUCUCAGAUGCAGAUCAUAAGCUCAUAUCAAUUCUCCUGGCUUUGUUGACCAACAGGGACAUGGUAAAUGAUGCCCACUGAAGAUCACCUCUUUCAGCUUUGAACUUUUGACUUCCUUUUCUCCUUUGGUUUUCCCCAUGUGUUUGCUCUCUCUCUUUCAGCCUCACUAGAAGUCUUAUAGACAAUUGGAUUAGCAUGCAGUUGAUGAAUAGCAAAAUUGGGGUGACUGCAGUGAUAUGGCAAAAUAUAUCUGGGUAUGAAUUUUGCUGGUUUUCAUUAAGGCAGUAUAACUGCUCUGUGGUUCCAAGCAGUUGAGAGAGGAAAUAUUUUGGAUGAAUGACAAUACAACUUUAUGAAGAUUGUUUUUUUUUAAACAAAUGCGUGGCAGGAUAUUUUAAGAGGGUUUUUUUUCUGCUGUUGGAGAGGUUGCUGGUCAUAGUGGUGUCCCCCAUUCUACGUACAUGGACUGUUUCUCACAUCUCUGGAAUCUUCAGCAAAGAAGAAAUGCUUGAAAGUACCACCACCACCUUACAGAACUCUCUGAAAUGACAGUAGUUUGGAUUUAAUGACAUUUUCUUUAAUGCUAAGCCACAAGUACAACUAGGAAAUUACUUCAGUGCAGCUACACCAGUUAACAGCAGCUGAGAAUCUAAACCCAUUAUCUUUUCCCUCUGACAACUUUCCGCCUGUGGCACCAUGGAAGCCAUUGACAAGCUAGUAUUUGCAACAUGUUUGUACAAAGAUACUACAGAUAUCUCCUAUGCCAAGCAUAGGGAAAAUUUAGUCACCUCAAAUACAAAUAUUGACAAACGCUGCCUUUCUCAUGGCAAGUGCUGUAUGUUCUCUUCACCAGGCUGUCUCACUUCCUUUCACGUCAGAAUUGUCUGAUUAAAAAAAAAGCUAGUCUAACAAUCUAUCAAGUUCCUAUAACAAUAUUUGACAAUGGCAAAUAAAAAUUGACAUCCCAAACUAAUUGGUCUGCCUCAUUCUAGAAUCAGUCUCAUUUAGUUUAAUUAUAAUAAAUUACAAGCUGUGAGUUGUUUUGUGCAGUGAAGAAGUUUUCUUCCAACUCAGUAAACCACUCUUAACAAGUCAGUUCUUCAGAUCUUCUCCAGUAUGUAAAACCUUUGGGCAGUCAUUUUAAAAGUCGUUACUCCAAAGCUUUAUUCAUCAUUUAAAUAUUUGAGGCUAGCCUCUGCAAGAUUCCCAAGGGCUUUUAAUAAGCUACCCAGGAUCAGGUCCUAGGAUUCUGAUUCACCUGGCUUUUGUGCAUUUUGUCUUUGCCAUAAUUUACCAUCAUUGGGUUGCUGUUCUUAAAACAUUAGUAAUAAUAAUUAGCAAUUUACCUGCAGAAAAAUUCCAAUGGUGUUAAAAAUUAAAUAGCAAAACUUUAAAUGAUUUAAAAUUCAGAAGUACCAUUCAUAAUCAGAAUUCUGGCUUUCCAAAAUCCUGAUUUUCUGAUAGACCCCCUCAGAACCCAUUGUACAUGAAAUGGUGAGGUUGUUGACAUAUAGACAUUAACCAGCGAGUUGUUCCAACUGUCCUGUAGGAUAAAGAAAUAAGUAUAUUAGUCUAGUUUUGUAAAUGAGAAUGUUUACUUUAUAUUUUCAGCUGGAUUUAUCUGUGGAAAACUGCAUUAUAUUUGCUCCAGGAUGAAACUACAGGAUGUAACUGCAGCAUGUCUUAACUACUAUCACUUUGCUAGCUGGAGUACCAGUAGUAUGACCUGUAAGCCUGCCCAGAUCCAGGCACUUAUUCAAGUAGCUAAGGAUAUAUAAACUUACAAUGUGAAGGUUUUUCCUUCAGUGGACAAUAUUUCCAUGAUACAGCUAAAUGUGACAGUUAUCUAGAGGAAGGUGCCAAUAACAUUACUCUCAGCUGACAAAAAUAGCCUGUGUAAAAAGAAUGCAUUACACAUAAGAGUAAUAAUUGUUAACACUGUGCCUAUUUUCAGUAAACCCAAAGGCAGGAGGAAAUAGAGCAGAUAACAUUAAGAAGAGUCUGCCCCAUUUUCUUCAUGAACUUCAGAAUAACACCAAUAGGGAAAUAACAGGUAAUAAUGGAUCUGGAUUAAUUAAUAAUAGAGGAUCAAAUUAAUCCUAAAAGUAAAGCCAAUAAAGUCACAGGGCCUAUAAAAGGGAUGAAUUUGGCUCAAGCCAAAUGCCUGUUUUUCUUCCAAAUCUAGUGAUUUUUUGUAUUACUUGUUAUUUGAUGACUUUUUAUGAGAUGUGCUCUUUACCUCACCAUGUGGAUGACUGUUUCUAAAUUAUGGUAUUUCUCACCAUAAUUCCUGUUUCUUACAUGUAUAUUUUAUGUGUAUUUUUUAUGUUUCUUUUUAUUUGCUUUUAAACAAAUUAAACAUCUGGCUUGAA